AUGAACGGCGCUAUCAGAGCGCUCUAUAUCUACGACGAGCAGAAUGUGCCGAUUCUAGAACAUGUGUAUCGAUCCCGGCCGCCCUCCGCAUCCUCUCUCAUUUCGCUAUUUCUUGCACACCCCGCACCGCGUCCCUCAUUGCUAUAUUUCACAGAGACCUCCCCUCCCGUGACGGUGUUUUCAAUAUCGCACUCCAAUCUGCUUUUUCUUUCUCCAAGCGAUGUGGACACGGAGCCUCUGCUUGUGCUCGAGUUUCUACACAGGGUAGUGGAUAUCCUUGAGGAAUUUGUGGGCGCGCCGCUGCUAUCGACCAAGCUGCAGGCAAAUUACGAUGUAGUGGCACAGCUGCUGACGGAGAUGUGCGAUGCUGGGCUGGUCAGCAACACGGAGAUCAACUCAUUGCAAGAAAAUGUCGAGACACCAGGUUGGAUGGAUAAAUUUCUAGGUGGAGUUGGAUUACCACGCACAGCAUCCCCGAGCCCAGCCUCGCUGAAUCCACUAAAACCGCAAUUACCAAAUCCCAGGAAUGCCUCGACUCUAGGUCCAGCUAUUCCAUGGCGGCGGCCCGGAGUGCGCCACACUUCGAACGAAAUAUAUGUUGACAUAAUUGAGACCCUAUCCGUGACUAUAGCACCCUCCGGUCGAUUACUAUCCGCAUUGGCUUCGGGGACAAUAGCAUUUACCGCCAAGGUUUCUGGUGUACCCGAUCUUAUAUUGACGCUCACAACUCCAGGCGGGCAACGAGCAAUCGAUCAGAAAAUGCAACUUCCCGUUUUCCAUCCUUGUGUCCGUCUUGCACGUUGGAGGGAACGACCGGGGGAGCUGAGUUUUGUGCCUCCAGAUGGGAAGUUCGUACUCGCCGGCUAUGAGGCAGAUCUCCUCCCAAUGGAUCCGAGCAUCAACGUGCCGCCGAGUCACAUGGAGAAAUUGUUUCUACCAGCAUUUGUGGGCAUAGAGAAAUCGUUGGGGACAAGCGGGAAAGAAUUCGAAGUGCGGUUGACACUAAACACAAGCUUUCCAGGCGCACGGCACGUCAACACUGGACGUAAUGGGUCAGGGAGCUCGACGCCCUCUUUCUUGGGGGGGAGCAGCAGCAGCCCAUCGGCCCCUGUUCUUGAAGAAGUCAUCGUCCACGUGCCUAUUCCCCAAGCAGUGCGCAAUGUCACUGAUAUACGCCCAAGUCGGGGCGAAGCAGACUAUUCAGCAGGUGAUGGCUACCUUGAAUGGCGCAUCGCCACCAAAGAUGCCGGGACAGUAGCUGGGACAGCAACAUUACGAUGCACAGUUGUCGGGUACCAAGACGACCUAGACGAAACUGAGGCAGAAAUAGCGGCGGGCCAGGAGCUACUACAGGGAUACUAUGACGCGGAUUCAUAUCAAAAUGAGCCUGCAACAUACACGUCUGGGGGGAAACCCGCAAAACAGCGGAAAUCGAAGUCGACCAAAACCAAGAAGACAAAGAAAACUAAAUCAAAAAAGGCCUCGUCAGCCAAUGCCGCUGUCGAAGGACAAUCAACCCUAACACCUGACAAGCAACCUUCAUCUCAAACAUCCACACCUCCUCCUGCUUCUUCAUCCGCCAUCACCGCGAGCAGCAGCACUAACAACCUCAAUAAUAGUAAUAAUCCUUCUUUCACCUCUUCACAAUCACGCAAAGAACAAAUCCGAAAUUCUUUAAUGCCAACAUCAGCCACCGUCUCCUUUUCCGUCAAGGGCUGGUUACCAUCCGGCAUCCGAGUUGAAAGCAUAAACAUUGAUCCGCGCAAAAGUCGAGGGUUGGGAGAAGGUGUACGACCUUACAAGGGCGUCAAAUAUAUAUGUGUUAGUCGAAAAGGUAUUGAGCGUCGAUUUUAA